AUGACUAUGACGGCGAACUGGGAGGCGAACGGGGCAAGCCUAGAGGACUGCCACUCCAACAUCUUCUCUCUGGCGGAGUUAACUGGGAUCAAAUGGCGUUGCUACAGUUACGGCGGCGGCGGCGAGUAUGGUCCCGUGAUCUCGGCGCCGGCACAGGACGAGCCGGUUCUGCGGAGCUUCAUGCGCUGCGUCCAGAACAACCUGCUGUGUGUUUGGAGGCGCAAGAUCAAACCCGACGCAAAGCAGCUGUGGAUCUUCUGGUGGGGGGAGGAGCCUAACCUGAGCGACAUCAUCCAUCACGAGCUGGAAGUGUGUGAAGAGGGCCUGUGGGAGUGUGGACUGUCCUACGAGUGUCGGACGCUGCUGUUCAAGGCCAUCCACAACCUGCUGGAAAGAUGUUUAAUGGAUAAGGGCUUUGUGAGGAUUGGGCGGUGGUUCUUCAAGCCUCAUGAUCUGGAAGAAAAGCCUGUGGGAAACAGUGAACACCUCUCCUGCUCCUUCUCCUUCUUCCUUCAUGGUGAGAGUACCGUGUGUACCAGUGUGGAGAUCGCUCAGCACCAGCCUGCUCACCACAUCCACCAGUCCCACAUCGGCCUGGCCCAGUCCAGCACGGUACAAGUGAUCCUGAGUCCGUACGGUCUCAGGGGUGUUCUCACGGGUCAGGCCUUUAAGAUGAGUGACCCGGCGACUCGGAAGCUGAUGGAGGAGUGGAGCUUCUUCUACCCCACGGUGCUGAGAGAGACAGAGGGCGAGAGAGCGAAUGACCAGGCGCUGGACCAUAUGGCCGUGGAGGUUGUUGUAGGUGGCGUGAGGAUGACAUACCCUGCAGCCUUCGUGCUCCUCUCUCAGUGGGACGUCCCGGUGGAGCCCCUCCCAGCUGUGCCCCCAGCCCCAGGGACCAUGAGGGAGGCCGUCCACUGCAGUGUCCCCCUCACCCCCCCCACCUCCCCCGAGCAGCCCUGUUCAGCGGACAGCGGCUUCGUGACCUCCGUCUCUAGCGUCCCUCCUCCUGACAUCAACAUGGGGGCCGCGAACAUGAGCCCAAAGCAUUCUGGGAAGAAGAUAAGCCUUCAGGUGGUCCAUCAGGCCUGGAGAGAGUGCUACCUCAUCCAGCCUCAACAAAAUCAACCAAACGAGGUGUUGUCUGUGAACGAGACGAGCGGAGGAACCAUGUGGGAAUUCAGUGAUCUGGGGACGAGGACCAGCUGCCACUGCUCCAGAACAAAACCAGUGAAGUCCACCAGCACCAGCACUGCCCACCCUCAGACCAGCAAUCCCUCCGCCCCCUCUUCUGGGGCCUACCCUCCGUCCACUCCCAAACACAAGACCAGCGACAGACCAGAGAAGGCUGAGAAGCCGUCCAAGCGUCCGGCCGUGGUCCCCUUCCACCUGCGCCUCUCCUCUCAGCAGGAGGCCUCUCUGGACCAGGACCCAACCUCCUCUGGUCCUCUUGGGCCCAUGGUCCCGUUAGACUCUGGUCCAGAUACCAGUUGCAAGUUUUCCAAGCAGCUUCCCGACAACAGGAAAGUCUCUGAUUCGCUGCUUCUGUCGCCGGUGUCUCCGCCGCCGCCCACGCUCAGCCCGCACCCCCGGGGGAUGGACCCGGACUUGGGGGACGGGUCGGUGGACUUGGGUCUGUAUUCGGACGGGUCUCUGGGGAUGGGGAUGAUGGCGAGCGAGAUGGCGAGCGAGACGGCGAUGUACGCGGCGUUGCUGAGGCAGCGGGAGAGCGAGGCCGGAUGGUGGAGAGGGUUCAGGACGCCCAGGUCGGACAAGAGCGACUGCAGACCCCCGAGUCUCCCCCUGGACCGACUAGAGGAGGAGGGGCUGCAGGAGGCGGAGUCUGAGGCUACGCCUUUGAAACGACUUUUUGCUCAGACGCAGCAGAGUUUUAAGAUCUCUGUGGAGCGGGUGAAGGAGCAGGUCCGGUCUUUGGGCCUGGACCUUGGGACCGGUCUGGAUCCUGGAGAAGACCCGUACAACUUUAAAGAGGGCGACAUCGAGUACACGUUCUCCUCCAAAAGAUUAAAGGCUCAAGGACGAGAGCCCAGCAAGAGAGCAAAGGGGGAGGAGCUAACAAACGGCGAUGCACUGUCUGAAGGAAAGGAUGCCAUGUCCAUCUUCAGCUCGGCUCAGGCUGACGCAGAAGAAUCGGGACAGGACGACGCCUCGGCCAAGUCCAACCCGUCGCUAACCCGAGAGAAGGACUUGGCCGUGAACAUGUCCGACCUCGACAACAUCUUUGACGAAGACGAGGAGGAGCUGGGAGGCGUGUACCAGCAUUCCACAAAGCCCCCAGCCUCAGCAGAAGAGCGCCCCCUACUGAGAGAAGGCAGAGCUGCAGUCCCGUAUCCAUCAACAGUAGCAGACCUGCAGCGUAUGUUUCCCACUCCGCCCUCGCUGGAGCAGCAUCCGGCGUUCUCUCCGGUCAUGAUUUACCGGGACACGCCGAGCCUGGAGCCCCCGGGUCCGAGCGGGUCCGUAGACCAGGUCUCACUCCUGAUCCCGACCCCACUGAUCCCAGACCAGCGCACGGACCUCACCGAACAGAUGAGCAGUCCUGGACACGAGGACGACAAGCCCGUCUUCAGCUGCUCCAUGUUUGCGCCUCUGUCCUGUCUCCCGAGCCAAAGCCUUCCUCAGAUCAAACUCCCGGAGCAGUGCUACUUCAGGCCGUCCUGGACGCUCAUGCCCAAGAUGGAGCAUUACUCCUCGGUCCUGCACACGCCAGUCCCGACGUACCUCAGAGACGGAUACAACAGCGUUCCGAGUGUGAGCGCGCUGACGGAGCAGGACUACAGCCAGCCCAGCGUCACCACCGCCUCCGUGGGCACCACUCCAGGCAUCCUCCCGUCUCCAGCCACGCCCCGCUUCUCCGUCCCCACUCCCCGCACGCCCCGCACCCCCCGCGGCCUUGCCACCGCCACCGGCUCAGGCCAGGGCUCGGUCAAGCACGACGGUCUGGACUUCUCCCCCGCCUCCACCCCGUCCACCGGCCUCCCCCUGAGCUCCGUGGAACCCCUAUCCCGAAGCGGCCCCGCCCUCCCUGAAGCCCACAGCCUCUACUUCAUCCUCCUGCUCUCGGAUUCCGUCCUCAACGUCUUCAAGGACCGCAACUUCGACAGCUGCUGUAUUUGUGCGUGCAACCUGAACGUGAAAGGGGCGGACGUGGGCGUGUACAUUCCCGACUCUACCUGCGAGGACCAGUACCGCUGCAUGUGUGGGUUCAGCGCCAUCAUGAACCGGAGGCUGGCCCAAGGCUCGGGGCUGUUCCUGGAGGACGAGCUGGACAUCUUCGGCCGAGCGUCGGAGGUCGGGCGCGCCGCGGAGAAGAGGCUUGCCCUGUGCCGCCGCGACCUGUCGUUGGGAGACUCUGGAUCCACAGCAGGGCAGGAUGAGUCCCCGGCGUCUCCGGCCGUGAUGCUGCUUCUCCGGGAGCAGUGUUCAAAGCCCAUCUCGUCGCUGGCUUCUCUGCAGACGUCGCUGGAUUGUUUGUGUCACGGACGGAAAGGCGCCCUGCUGCAGAGCUGGGCGGCCGAGAAGCAGUGGGCGGACGAGAGCGACGCCUGCGCUGAGGUCAACAGCGCUCUGGAGCAGGGGCUGCAGUACGUGGACAACCCAGCAGGGGGCCACCUGGAGCAGGUUGUGGGCAGAGGCUCCGCGCUGCACCCCUGGCCUCACACCAACGUGGUGGAGAUGAAGCUGCUGCCGUCGCAGGACGUGGUGAGGAUGCUUCUCUCUCUUCAGCCGUUUCUACAGGACGCCAUCCAGAAGAAGAGGACGGGCCGGACCUGGGACAACAUCCAGCACGUCCAGGGACCGUUGACAUGGCAACAGUUCCACAAAAUGGCAGGGAGAGGGUCCUAUGGGUCUGAAGAGUCCCCGGAGCCCCUCCCCAUCCCACCGCUGUUACUGGGGUACGACCGGGGGCGGGACUUCCUGUCGCUGUCGCCGUUAGCGUUACCGUUCUGGGAGAAGCUGCUGCUGGAGCCGUACGGAGGUCAGAGGGACGUGGUCUUUGUGGUCCUCUGCCCCAACAGCUCCCCUCUGCUCUCUGCCGCUCGCUCCUUCUUUCAAGAACUCAGUACCGUCUAUGAGACAUGUCGCCUUGGGAAGCACCGCCCUCUGGCUAAGAUCUCCACAGAUGGGAUGGUCCAGGUGGGGGAGGACCUGAGAGCGGAGGACCUGGAGGACCUGGAGGUGGGACCGUGGGUGAGCGGUCCAUGGAGCGGGCAGCAGCACGCCGACAACAUAACAAAGCUGAAAAUGUAUGCUUACGUUUGCAAAAAGAUACUGGGUCCUCAGCUCUCAGCCCUGACCGUAGACGCCACUCUUCUUCUUCCUCCUAAAACUCGCACACAUCAGUCUUCCUCGACUCAGGUCCCGUCUUCGUGCGAGGUCAAGGACUGGUCUGCAGAGUCCGAGCAGGGGUCUGGGUCCAGCGGGGUCCCUCCUGGGUCCACCUCAGGUCCCUCUGCAGACCCAGGUCAAGGACCACCCAACGAUUCGACGGUAACUUCAAACGUGACGGUGCGCAGCCAAUCAGCGGACGCCACAGAAGUACCAUCAGAGCCGUCUCGAAUCGGGAUCCCUACGAUGCCAGAGUCCGCCGACGGUCACAUCAACCCUCCGGCCAUCGCCGUUUACAUCGUGAAUCCUUUUUCGAGUCUGAGCGGCUCCAGGUGCGACGUGGGGGAAGAGGAUGUGGGCGAAGAGGAGGACUCAGGGAGCGUGUGGCUGCUCGGCCUCCUGCGCUGCUACACCGAGAUGCUCCAGGCCGUGUCCGACACCAUCAGACCAUCGUUACUGCUGCAGCUGGUCCCGUGUCACCAUGUGCUGCAGCCGGCGACCAGCGAGAGUCUGGAGUUCAUGCAGCAGCUGCGCUCUCUCGCCUUCUCCUGCUACUCUCAGUGCAAACCCAUGUUCCCCCGCCAGGCUCUCAUCAAGUCCCUGACCGGGUUCGGCCCCGCCUCCUCCACCAACGCAGUGCUGACCAGUCCAGAGCAUUCCAGCCCCUCGGAGCUCCACUCUCCCCCUUUCAUCCUGGGCCCAACUCGCCCCAAACCCGCAGAACCUGGAGAGAUAUGGCCUGAGGUUCCACCAAAGUUUAACGUCCUGUUCGUGGGCUACUGUCUGUCACAUGACCAGCGCUGGAUCCUGGUGUCCUGCACUGACCAGCAGGGGGAGCUGUUGGAGACCUGUAUUAUCAACAUCGACGUCCCAAACAGAGCCCGAAGACCAAAAGUGUCGGCGAGAAAAACGGGACUCCAGAAGCUGUGGGAAUGGUGCAUCGGCGUGAUCCAGAUGACAUCAGUGCCAUGGAGGAUCGUGAUUGGUCGACUCGGACGUCUGGGACAUGGAGAGCUGAAAGACUGGAGCUCUCUCCUCGGGGAGUACUCUCUCCUGUCCAUAAGCAGAAAGCUGAAGGAGUCGUGUCGAAUGUGCGGCGUCUCUGCGGCUGACUCUCCGUCCAUCCUCAGCGCCUGCCUGGUCGCCAUGGAGCCCCAGGGGUCCUUCGUCAUCAUGCCUGACGCUGUGACCAUGGGUUCGGUGUUCGGCCGCAGCACGGCUCUGAACCUUCAGACUUCUCAGCUCAACACUCCUCAGGACGCCUCGUGUACACACAUCCUGGUGUUUCCCACUUCUGCGACUACACAACUCGCCUCCAGCUCCUACCCCAGCGAGGACAACAACGACGACAUGUUCGACCUGCCGUUCCCUGAUGAGCUGGAGAAUGACAUCGGCCACGACAUGAUGCUGAUCACGGGGAACCUGCACCCCUCCCCCAGCGCCUCCCCCCUGCCCUCCCCCGCUCACUCCCCCGCCUCCCCCUCUGGCAGCGGCAUGGGAUCACAUUUCCACAACAACAGGACCCAGAGCGAGCGGCUGAUGUCCCGGGACAGUCCCCCGGAGGAGUUGAAGCAGCAGCCUCUGGCCCUGGGCUACUAUGUGUCCACCGCGCAAGCUAACGGCCUCCCUCACUGGUUCUGGGCCUCGUGUCCUCAGGCUGAGAACCAGUGCCCUCUCUUCCUCAAGGCCUCUCUCCAUCACCACAUCUCCAUCGCUCAGACGGACGAACUGACGGAAAAGAACAAGAGAAGCCCUCACCCACUCGACUCCAAGACCACCUCUGACGUUCUCAGGUUUGUGUUGGAGCAGUAUAACGCUCUCUCGUGGCUCACCUGUUCUCCGGCCGCUCAGGAUCGACAGUCGUGUUUACCAGUUCACCUGCUGGUCCUCAUCCAGAUGUACAACGCCAUUCUCAACAUGCUAUAG